AUAAAAAAAAAUCAAAAAAAAAAAAUUUUCACUACUUGUUGAGUUGUGUUCCGCUCUGGAGAUGUGGUGGAUGCUGUUUCCACGGUGGAUCUGGUUCCUGGCGUGUGUGUCAGUGUGGAUGGAGCACCAGGUCGGAGUUUUGCCUCAAAUCACCUAUUCACACGCGGGGAUCUGCCCUAAUGACAUGAACCCCAACCUGUGGGUGGAUGCCAUGAGCACCUGUACACGAGAGUGUGAAUCUGAUCAGGAGUGUGAGUCCUUUGAGAAGUGUUGCCAAAAUGUGUGUGGGAAUCGGAGUUGUGUGGCAGCCCGCUAUGUUGAUGGGAAGAAAGGCCCCAUGGGAAUGCCCAAAGAAGCCACAUGUGCCAGUUUCAUGUGCACCCAGCAGGGGUCCGAGUGUGACAUCUGGGACGGCCAGCCUGUGUGUAAGUGCCGGGACCGCUGCGAAAGGGAGCCGCACUUCACCUGCGCCUCUGAUGGCAUGACCUACUACAACAAGUGCUACAUGGAUGCAGAGGCGUGCUCCAAAGGCACCACCCUGUCUGUUGUCACCUGCCGCUUUCACCUCACCUGGCCCAACACCAGCCCAUCGCUGCCCCAGGCGACCACUCUUCGCCCUACGACUGCCCCUCUACAGGCAACCACCCCACCUCCCACCGAGCCUCAGGCGCCCGUCGUGGUCAGUAGCCCCACUCAUCAGACUGUAAAUGUGGGCGACACAGCCAGUUUCGUGUGUGACGUGAUGGGUCGUCCCCGGCCUGAGAUCACCUGGGAGAAGCGGCUGCCGGAGGGCGUGGAGAGGGUAGUCAUGAGGCCUAAUCAUGUGCAAGGGAAUAUGGUGGUCACUAACAUUGGCCAGCUGGUCAUCUACAACGCCCAGCAACAUGAUUCAGGCAUCUACACCUGCAAGGCUCAGAACCCAUCCGGAUCAGUGCAGUCCAACCACCCGCUCACUGUGCUGCCCACAGAGCCACAAAAGACUCCUGAGCCCAAGAAUGUGACCCGCUGCCUGCCUGAAGAGUGUCUGAAACCCCCUGAUAACCCAGAGGAUUGUGGGAGCGAGCUAGAGAAAGUCAGCUGGUAUUACGAGCCAAAGACCAACAACUGUGUCUCCUUCAGCCACUGUCACAGCAACAUUAACAACAACAGCCAGCAACCCAGGAAGGUGUUCGAGACAUACGAAGAGUGUAUGCAGUGCUGUGGUCCCGAGCUGUCAAGUCCCUGUGGGCUUCCCAGCCUGCAGGGCCCCUGUAAAGCCUACGAGCCACGCUGGGCUUACAGCGGCAUCCUGCGGCAGUGUCAGUCCUUCAUCUAUGGGGGAUGUGAGGGCAACGACAACAACUUUGAAUCCAAAGAAGCCUGCGAGGAAAUGUGCCCCUACCCGAAAAACCACCACUGCAAGGCCUGCAAGCCGAGAGGCAAGAUCGUCACAAGCUUCUGCCGGAGUGACUUCGUUAUCCUGGGUCGCAUGACAGAGCUCACAGAGGAGAAGGACUCGGGUCAUGCCCUGGUGACCGUGGAAGAGAUCCUCAAAGACGAGAAGAUGGGUUUACGCUUCUUUGGCAAGGAACCUCUUGAGGUCACCUUCCUCAACAUGGACUGGAACUGCCCAUGCCCUAACAUCACGGGCGCCGCCGCUGAGGGACAGGUCAUCAUUAUGGGCAACGCCAACGACGGCAUGGCCGUCCUUCAGCCGGAGAGCUACGUGGGUGCUUCCAGCCCUCGCCGUGUUCGGAAGCUGAGAGAGGUCAUCUCCAAGAACACAUGUGACAUUCUUAAAGCGAUCACCAACAGUCCUCAGUAGGGUUAUAGGGAUAUAAUCUGUGAAUAAAGUUUAGAGUUAGAAAACCUGACUCAACUGCAUCAGGCCGUUGAACAUUCACUGUAAUGUUUUGCAUUUUAGGACCAGUUUGCUUCAUUUAAUGGGUUUUCCGAAGUUAACGAUGAGGAACCAUGUCAUGUUUUGUACGUAUUUUUUGUGGUCUGUUUGCAGCUGAGCUUUUCUGUUAUGUUACAGUCACUGGUGUUGUUGAUUGAAAUACCAUGAGACAUCCAUCACGAUCCUCUUGUUACCGUAAUCCCCCUGACUCCGUCUUCCCUCAUGCCCUCUCUUGCCUCCAGCAGAAAUGGAGGUUGCAGACUUGCACUGAAGCACAAAACAGACACAUUUAAGAUUUUCUGUAAAUAAUUUAAUGAAAUCUUUUGAUUCUUUUUUUUGCAGGCCAUAUUUCCUACUGGCA